GAUAGGAAGAACUUGCUUGACACAGACAAAUCACACAAGAAGAGCGGAUGAGUAUAUGUUUUCGUAGAUAAGUUGCGGUUUGCUUUGUAAAUAAGAUCUCUGUAUUGCUUUAGUGGAUAAUGGUAAUCUGAGUAACAACUACAUCAUAACUCAAUCAAUGUCCUAAUGAAAAAAAAUUAUUUGUAAGGUCAGGCAUCCUUAAGUAAUGUUUGAAAUGCUACGUGCUUCUUUUUAAUUCAAGGGGAAAUCCACAUGACAUGCUCUGUGUAUGUGUGUAUGUGUUGUCGGGAAAACCUCUCCUUGUUAUUCAGGUUUCCUCACGCACCUGUGGGUGUGAAGGGGGAGGGGUUUUAACUUAAACUCCCUCACAAUCUCACUCCUUCUCAUUUCUCAUUUCACUUCUGCUGUGUUUAUGCCUGCAUUGGAGUUGUUUUUAUUGCAGUUAGUUUUUAGGCAUUUGUAAAAUCCUCUGUGUUUAUAUGUUUGGCAAAGUGUCUGAUUUCAGGAUUUCAGCAUGACUGAGAGUGUCCUGAACACUCCAGACUUAAAGGAUCUAGAGGAAGAAGAACUGUGGGAUCUUAUUAAUGAUAACCGCCAUGCCAUCUCUAUCGGCGUCCGUCCCUGUGUUCUCAUCCCUUACCUGCGCCAGGCACGUGUCCUCACAAACCUGGAUGAGGAUGAGAUUUUUACCAAUCCCCGUAUCAUCAACCGCUGCAUGAGGACCGGUUAUAUGCUUGACAUGUUGCAUCUACAGGGUCGUAAUGGAGCAAUGGCUCUGCUCGAAAGUCUGAUGAUUCAUUACCCAACUCUCUACACACAGAUCACUGGCCGCCAGCCCAGCAUUGAGCCUUCAGGCUUCAGUGGCCUGAUAAAUUACACUGAGCUGACAGAGUACCUAGUUAAUGCGGUAAGCAGUAUGCAGACAGAGCUACAAGUGGCACGUCAAGAGGUUGUGCGGCUGCGAGCUCGAUGCUGUGAGCUGGAGGGGAAACUGAAACAGGUCCAACAAAAUAAUGAAGAGUUCAGACAGAUGCAGGAAGAGCAUGGACAACUGCGCAGUCAUCUAGAUGUUUUAAACAGGAAACUGCUGAAACUGAAGGAUGAGAAAUGUGAUCUCUAUGUCAGAUAUACCACAGUUCUUGAGGAGAAGUCUGCAACCAUCAUACGUAACAGAGACCUGCAACUGGAGAUUUACCAGCUGCAGUGUGAGUUAAGGAAGGCACAGAAAGAGACAGACUUCCAAAGGCAGCGUUCCUUAAAGAAUCCCAGUGACACACAGAAGCUCAAAGAUGAACUCAACGCUGUACGCGCAAAGUUACUGGAGACUGAGAUAUUCUCCCCGGUACAGCAAGAUAUCCUUGAGAAUGAUUUAAAGGAGACAGAGACCAGACGUUCAGAACUUGCCGAGGAUGUCAGUAGACUAAGCGAGGAGAAUGAACGACUCCAGCAAGAAAAAGAGGAGCUCAUAGAAGAGAAAGGCUAUUUAGCCUUGGAGGUGGAGAAGUUGACUGUGGACUGUGAGAUGUACCAGCACAGGAGUACACUGUUCCAGAGUCAGCUAGAAGAGGUGCAGUCAGAGAGAGACAAGGCAUAUUUGUCCCGUGAUGAGGCCCAGGCUCAGAUCGCACGGAGUCUCGCAGAGAAGGAUGUGCUGAGAGGACAACUAAUGGAGCUACAGGAGAAGGUUUUCACCAUGAAAGCCUGUAGCAGGCAAAGAGAAAGAAGAGAAAAAUCCAGGGACAGGAAGUUCAGUUGCGAAAGCAGUGAGGGCCCUCCUCCCAGCCCCCAACCCAGAAGACGGCUAUGUCGCAUGAAAGCAAUCCUUCCUGAGUGUUUCAGCUCAUAUGAGUUCAAUGAUGAAGUAAUCAACAGUAUCAAUUCCAAUCAAGUGGAGCCCCCCUGUUCUGAAUCUCUCCGUAGACGAGAGUUACACUUUCCCUCCAGAAGUGACAUGGAAGACAUCUACAGCAGUCAAGAGCUGACCGAUGACUCUUCUGAUUAUGUUGUCAUUCCUAAAGGAAAUCAUUUGAAUGAGUCAAUAUCACCCACAUCACUCCACAAGAGGAGCCCUACUGGCAGCGUCUCAAGAGCAUCAGCUCCCCCCUUCCUAAUGCGCUCCAGACCUCAGGCCCUGCGUGUCACUGGUCGUGUACUCACCGUGAUUUUCCAGGGAGAAAUGUUAUUGAACCAACUACAGGUCAUCGGGGGUAAUAAAACUGGUGUGUUCGUGCAUCAUGUGACCGAAGGAUCAUCUGCUCAUAACAGUGGCAUCAGCCCUGGAACUCAGAUACUUCAGCUAAAAUAUGAGCAGGAGCAGAGAGCUGUAAAAAUGGUUCUGGAAGACACCACUAUGGAGGAGGCCCUGUGGGCCCUGGGGCAGGUCCAGGGACCAUGCCACAUUACACUGAGACCCAGCCAAGAUGCCUACGAGAACCUUCUACAGCAGCUAAAAAAUGGUGAAGUCAUGUCGGGUGAUUCCUUCUACAUCCGUGUUAAUAUGACGUUGCCGGGGGAUGUAGCAGGAACUCUGCCGGUCAAGUGUAAUGAUAUUGUCCAUGUUACAAACACUCACCAUUCCAAUGAUGGCUUCUGGUGGGCCAGUCAUGUGCACCCUUGUCACCUGGAAGACCUGCAGAGUGGGGCUCUACCCAACUACUACAGAGCCCAGAGGCUGUUAAUAAGUGCUAUAGAGGAUAUGACCUACCCUCGCAAAACACUCAGAAAGGAGAGAACUGCAGCUAAUGGAAAGCAGAGAGGGGUGAGGAUCGUCAGCACCUGUCAACAGAGCAGAAACCCUCUGUGGGUCAGUGUGGAAGACGACAACACUACAGCACUGGACAGUUAUGGCUGUGUGCCCAGCAGAUGUGUGACUCUGAUGCCCUACACCCUGGUCACACCUCAGUUCCCUCCCAUCUGUCGCCCAGUCCUCCUCCUUCCCACAAUCUUUGGCCAUGUCUUGCACAAACGGUUGGCAGAACAGGAAGGUUAUCAGCUCUGUGAGCCAGAAUUGCUGAUGGCAAGUGAGCAUGCCGUACAAAUGCAAAAGGGGGAGAUUCUUGAAGAAUGUGACUCGAAAACACACCGUUGCUAUACACUGCAGGGAGUGGAGAAAAUCAUGAAACGGGGCACUCACUGUGUGUUACCGCUGGGUUUGGACUGUGUGCGUCGUCUCCAUCGUGCUGAAAUCUUCCCCAUCAUUGUCUACAUCAUGUCUACGGAGAGAGCUCUCCGCAGAUUGAGACACAAACUACGGCAGAACUCUGUGACUGAGUCUCAGGUGCUGGAGUGUUCCUGCAAUGAGGAGCCCCUUCUGGAUAAACUGCCCUGCCUUUACCGAAGCAUUCCACCAGAGAGCUGGCAUGACAGUGCCACCCUAGUGGACACUGUGAAAACUGUGGUGAGAGAGGAGCAGAAUAAGAUUGUGUGGGUUGAGGCAGAUCCCUGGUGACGGACUAAUGGGAGUGAGGGCGUAAAGUCAAAUUUCCCUCACCACAAGCAGCUAAUUAUUAGUAUUAAGGUCAAUUUAUAAUUCUGCAUCAAACCUAUGCUGUAGACCCUGCGUAGCCAUGGUGGUUACAAUGUAGCCUGAUGUGCAUCUUUCUAGAAAUUCUGUGAUUGGUCAGCUUUAUAAACAGAGAACUUCCCCCAGGAUGAUUAAAAAACUGCAACAAUAUCAUUAAUAGCGUAAUUUAUAGAGAAUCCCACUAAACAUUUACAGUUUUUUUUUUUUUUGUUUUUUACAAUUGCUAGAACACAUUUCUCAGUACAUAGGUUACUUUUUCAAAACUCGGUUGGUUGUCACCCAACAAACACGCUUUGUCACUCAAAAAAAUGACCUAAAAAACACUAAAAAUUGGUAUUAUUUUAUAAUGUUUUCUUUUGUAAAACUUUCCUGACAAAUUUCUACUGCUUGGAAUUUAUUACAGAAUAUGUUGCAUGGUCCAUGUUUAAUUAUUCAUAAGUUGUCCUCCUUUGUAUAGGUAUUAAUGAAACUGAAAGACUAACACCUGUGUAGGUGUUCAACAACAUCUAAUUCUUUUGAUAGCAUUUCAUUUUUUUAGAUCUGGAAUAUAUUACAAUAUGGUAUUACUGUGCAAAUGUAGCAAAAUGUUGUCUUAUUCAAUUUUGUUUCAUUACACUUUUUGAAAAAAGAAAAAAAAAUGUUUUGGUGGUGGUUGUGUUUAAGUGAGAAAAGAAUUUAUGCAGUUUUAAAGAUGAUAAUGAUAAAUGAUCCACAUUUUAGACUACAUAGACUGCUGUUGUGCUCAAUGUGUGAAGAGUUUGGAAAAAGUGACCUAAGUAUUGAGAAAUUGAUCCCAGCGAUUAAAAACUGUAAUAACCACCGCUUAGAGGCUACACCACAGGUCCAAUGCAGAAAUAUAAUGGGUCGUUUAGUAAGAGAUAUACUAAAAAGCACAUUCUGUGCGUUUACAGCAAAAAAAAUGGAGGUCUGCUACAGAGCUAAAGGAAGUAACAGGCGAAGUGUUGCCUUAUUUGACACUUAUAAACCAUGCGUUUAGUGCGAUAAUCAAACAACACUAGUGUUUAAAAGUUUGAGGUCAGUAGGAUUUUUUUUUUUAAUUAAUACUUUUAUUCAGUAAGGACACAUUAAAUUAAUGAUAAGUAAAGACUUACAUUGUUAAAAAACAACAACAAAUGAAUGCUGUUCUUUUGUAUAACGGUUUCCACAAAAAUAUUAAUCAGAGCAGUUUUUUUCAUCAUUAAUAGUGAAAUGUUACUUAAAGGGUUAGUUCACCCAAAAAUUAAAUUUCUGUCAUUAUGUACUCAACCUCAUGUCGUCCCAAACCUGUAAAACUGUUCAUCUUCGUUCAUCACAUGCGUCGUGCUGCUCACGUGUACAGCAUCAGCCAAUACUGAGACGGCGUUUGGACGUAAACACGGAAGCAUGCACUGCGUUCACUACGUCAACUGCAUAUGCCAACAGUUCAAACUAUUAAAUAAAGUCGUUAUUUUUUGUGCACAAAAAGUAUUCUUGUCGUGUCAUAACCACUGAAUCACUGUAGUCACAGAGUUUUUUUUACGAUGUCUUUAAUACCUUUCUGGACCUCAA